AUGGACCAAAACGCGAUUACGGAAGUCCCUGCAUCUCUCAAACGCUUAGCAAAGUACAUAGUGCGUGGAUUCUAUGGGGUGGAAUAUUCCCUCACUCUGGACAUUCUCAUUCGCUAUCCCUGUGUGAAGGAGGAUGACCUGCAACAACUCUUGAAGUUUGAGAAGAAGCAGCUCCGCUCUGUCCUCAACACCCUAAAAUCUGACAAGUUUCUUAAGAGCCGAAUACGGGUGGAAACCAAUUCUGACGGGAAGAGUUCCAGACACAAUUACUAUUACAUCAACUACAAGCUGCUGGUGGACGUGGUCAAAUACAAACUGGAUAUAAUGCGCAGAAAAAUUGAAACUGACGAGAGGAAUUCAAGCACAAGAUCAUCUUUCAAGUGUCCGCUCUGUUUCAGUACAUUUACUGAUUUGGAAGUCAAUCAUUUGUUUGACCCUUGUACAGGCAAUUUUAACUGUACAUACUGUCACACGGAGGUAGAAGAAGAUGCUUCUGCAAUACCUAAACGUGAUGCUCGAACACUUCUGGCAACGUUUAAUGAACAAAUUGAACCGAUUUAUGCACUUUUACGUGAAACUGAAGAUAUUGCUCUUCCACAUGAACUCUUAGAACCACAACCAACUGAGAUCCCAGAACUGGCAAUAAGUCAGAAUCCGAAGACACAUGGCCUUAAAAGUAAUGAUCGUCCAGAGAGAUGGUCAAAUAAAGCAGUUUGCAAUGAUCUGUAUGAACAAAACAUUGUUGUAAAUGUCCAAGAAUCUGAUGCUAAAUCUAAGAAAAAAACUGUGAAGCCUGUUAAAUCACAGCCCAUCUGGAUGACUGCAAGCACUGUUGAGGGAGUUGGUUUGGAUAAAAAGGAGAAUUCAGUUGAACACACCACAUCUGAAAUGCUUGAUGAAGAUGCAGCUCUGAAUAGUAAGGUUCCAAACUCUGAGGUCAUAAAAACACUGAUGAUUCAUGAGAAAAAAUCAUUAACUGGAGCAACCUUCACUUCAAGUGCAAAUCGGAGUGAACCAGAUAGUGAGACCAGUGAAUCAGAGGAUGAAUCGAAGAAUGCAAAACCACCAACAAAAUUGGAUGCAAAGGAAGAGGAAAAUGAGUUUGUACUAGAGAAAUCAACAGUUAUGGUUGCUGGAAAAUUGCACCUGUACAGUGAAGUUAGUCAAAAUCCUGAAUUAGUAUCUUUGAUGACCGAAAAAGAACGAGAGCGUUACAUUAGUAUUUCUCAAGAAAUGUUCCAUUUAAUGUAUGAUUAA